AGUGCCAGGCCGUCCCGCGCAGUUUCACCAGAGCGUCGGUGGAUCUACAGAGAGACCGUGUACAAUAGACCGUGUGGGUGGAACCCAUGCGGUGGAUCUGUGUGUAUGAGUCCGUCUGGUCCUGCAGGUCUGUCCGGCCUGUGUCAGGUCACCGAGCAUCUCUACCUCAGUAAUGGCCGAGCGGCCCGAGACGCCGCUCAGGUCAGUCGCUGUAAAAUCUCUUGUAUCAUCAGUGUCACAGAGACGAGGUGGAGCUGUCCUCCUGCCGCCGGGGUGGAGCACAUCCACAUCCCGCUGUCCGACUCCCCGGGCUCCCCUCUCAUCGAUCACUUCGACCGGGUGUCGGACAUCAUCCAGCGGACUGCAGAGGGCGGAGGCCGCACGCUGGUGCACUGUAACGCGGGUGUGAGCCGCUCCUCCGCGCUGUGCAUCGCCUUCCUCAUGCGCCACGGCGGCCUCUCUCUCCUGGAGGCCCACGGCACCGUGAGGACCUCCAGACCCAUGGUGCGGCCGAACGUGGGCUUCUGGAAGCAGCUCAUCCGCUAUGAGAUGGUGCUUCGUGGGUGCAACUCCGUCCGAAUGGUGCCCUCGUCCAUCGGAGAGAUACCAGACAUUUACGAAGAAGAGUCCAGGAAUAUGACGGCACUGUGAGGACCUAUUGUGUGUAAAAAUCUGUACAUAUACUGUGUGUGUGGGGGGUGUGUGUGUGUUUGUGUGUGUGGAAAAAAACCCACCGCACAUAAACAAUGUUUUACAACUUUCAGAAUGAUGUUCUAUUAAAACCAACACAUACUCGUAAAAAGACCAGUGCUUGCUUGCCUCUUGCUUUUUGACCCCUGAAAAGUAAUUGGGGACAUUUUGGAUGUCUGAGUUUUCAGUUAGCAGAGAAUUCCCUUCUAACGGAUUCUUAAUUAAACCAGUUUUAGGACCAAAGAAAGAAUUAUUUGAUUUGUAAUACUUUAAUACUAUUUAAAUAUAGAAAUAACAUGAAUCUUUGAAAAUAUAAUAAUUUUGCUCCCGAGUGAAAGUUGUGGUUUUAAACAGCAAAACAUUCUACAAAUCUGAGGUAGAUCAUUACAACAUGUUGUGCACAAUGAAUAAGCAAUAAAUCUUUAUACUAUGAACUUAAGUAAAAUUUCUAUUGCGAUUAUUAUAAUUUAAUUUCCCAUCCCUGGUGAAAUAUGUUUCUUCUUUCCGACCCAAUCAAUCAUUACACAGCCUCUUUUUUUCUUGAUAACCUGUGGAUGACAAAUUGUACUUUUAUACCAUAAAUAUAAAUGAUUGAUAUAUUUUUCCAUAUACACAGGGAUGUUGGCUUGUUCUGGAUACCUUUAUACAUCAUUGUAUUGGUACUAAUAUUCAAAUAAAUAUCUUAAAACAUAAAGU